GAAUAUUGGAACUGAAGAAGGAGACGUUGUAAAGUUGGAUUUUCGUGAGAAGACCAAAUCGUGAAAUACCAUACAGCAACGACAUAACCCAUCUGGCCAGCCACCCUCUCCUGCUCUUCCACUCCCCAUCUGGACAACCAUAUCGACCUGAACACGUGCCUAUACCUCAGCGACAUCCACACAACAUACGAAGCCGCCCAACAUGCCUAAAUUCCACGCCUCCUUGAACAACGACCAUGUUGAGUUCAUCAACGCCCAGCCUCUCUUCUACGUCGCCAGCGCGCCCUGGGCCGGAGACCACAUCAACAUCUCGCCCAAGGGACAGCCCUCACAAACCUUCUCCAUCCUCGGCCCCAACACAGUCGCCUACCUUGACGCCACAGGUCACGGCUGCGAGACCAUCUCACACGUUUACGAGAACGGGCGCAUAACGCUGCUCUUCAGCUCUUCAGGCUUGAACGCCAAGACCCUGCGACUAUUCGGCUUCGGUCGUGUAGUCGAGAAAUGGGAUCAACAUUUCAAUGAGUUGCGCGCGAAGAUGGCGUCUGAGAACGGCGAUUCAGUGGAUAUCACUGGUGCGCGUGCAAUCAUCGUCUUGAAAAUCAAGAAAGUGCAAACUAGCUGCGGAUUCAGCACGCUUCCUGGUGUUGAGGAAGGCGACGCAACAGCCUUUGCAGACCACGACGACGACAAGGACGGACGUGAGACGCUGGAGGCUUGGGCGGCGAAGAAAAUUGAGCGAAAGGAGCUGAUGGAUUUCCAAAAGCUGAACAAUGCUAAGAGCUUGGAUGGGUUGCCAGGACUGAAGAAUGCGAGGUUGGCGCAGGAUCAGAAUUUUGCGAUCGAAGAUACGAAAGCGUGGCUGAGGAAGGUCAGCAGGCAAUGGGAUACGGUGGCGUUCGGUGUUGGGUUGGGUUUUCUUAUCAUGAUUGUGCUCAGUCUGGUGGGCUUCAUCCACAUCGAGCCGUCAUUCCUCACACACAUUCUGGAAUUUCAAAAGAGACAGAUGGGGGACUACCACGAUGAGCUAUGAGCUAUAAGGAGUGUAGAUUGGGUACGGUCUUUGGGAGGUAUGGCAUUUGCAUGGCGUGGGAGGGGGUGAUCUUAUCAGU